GUGGGGUCUGGCGAGUCUCAGAUCUGGUCUGGAAGAUCCCCAGUGCCUACUAUAUCCUGAGCCCCGUCCUUCACGGAGGGCAUAGUGAGGCUCUGGGAGGGGCUGUUCCCCUUCCUGCGAGGCCACAGAUGAGGAAACUGUGAUGUGUCUCACAAGCCCUGAUAUUAUCACUCCCCAUGCAUCUGUCUGUCCUACUGGGCUCUGUGGACCCUAUAGGUCAUCUGAAUGGCUGGGGACCAUGGGAAGCAACACCGGCACACCUACUCUCACUGCUCUUCUCUGCCUUGGGCUGUGUUGGGGCCCAUGGAACCAGGUACGGGCAGGAGCACCCCCUAAACCCUCCAUCUGGGCUGACCCAGGCCCCAUGGUCAUGACAGGGAGCCCUGUGACCAUCUGGUGUCAGGGGUCUCUGCAGGCUGAUGUCUAUCAUCUGUAUAAAGAGAGGGCCUCUAAACCCUUGGAUACAGAGGCCCCACAGGACUCCAGCAACAAGGCCAGUUUCUCCAUCGAAUCUAUGAGCUCAUACACUGCAGGGCUAUAUCAGUGUGCAUAUCAUACUAGCAGGAAUGGCUGGUCAGAGCGCAGUGACCCCCUGCCCCUAGUGGUGACAGGAGUGUACAGCGCACCCUCCCUCUCAGCCCACCCAGGACCUGUGGUGGCAUCAGGAGGGAACGUGUCCCUCUCCUGUAGCUCAGAGUCCACACUGGAAACUUUACAUCUGCUGAAGGAGGGAGGAGCUGACCCACCCCAACACAUGGAAUUGAGGACCUAUCGUAGGAGGGGGCAGGCUGUCUUCCCUGUGGGCCCUGUGAACACCUCCCAUGGGGGGACCUACAGAUGCUAUGGUUCCCCCAGCUCCUACCCCUAUGCGUGGUCACUCCCCAGCGACCCUCUGCAUCUUGAAGUCACAGGUGUGUACAGGGAGCCCUCCCUCUUAGCCCAGCCGGGCUCACUGGUGCUUUCUGGAGACAGCCUGACACUCAAGUGUCACUCAGAGGCCGGCUUUGACAGAUUCGCUCUGACCAAGGACGAGGGGCUCACACCCCCCGAGCGUCUUCAUGGGCAGCACAGCCCUGACUUCCCCCUGGGCCCUGUGAACCACACCCACGGGAGACAGUACAGAUGCUACAAUGGACACCACCUCUCCUAUGUGUGGUCGGCCCCCAGCACCCCCCUGGACAUCCUGAUCGUGGGAAUGUACCAGAAACCCUCCCUCUUGGCCCAGCCAGGGCCCUCAGUGUCCUGGGGAGAGAAUGUGACCCUGCAAUGUCGCUCUGAGAUACACUUGGAUACCUUCCAUCUGUCCAAGGAGGGGUCACCUGCUCCUCCCCAGCACCUUCGUCUGCAGGACACAGCUGCACCCUUUCAGGCCAACUUCACCAUCAGUCCUGUGACCUCAGACCACGAGGGGACCUACAGGUGCUACGGUUCAGACAGCACAUCCCCCUACCUGUUGUCACUCCCAAGUGACCCCCUGGAACUUCUCGUCUCAGCCACGCAUCCCCAAGACUACACAGUGGAGAACCUCAUCCGGAUGGGCGUGGCUGCCGUGAUCCUGGUGGUCCUCGGGAUUCUGCUCUUUCAGGCUCGGCACAGCCCCAGAGGACCCCAAGAUGCAGCCAGGAGGUAAAUACAAGAGAGAACUAUGCACUGCUCAGAGAGGUAGAGGCUUGGAAAUAAGUCUUGUGUGCCCAGGAGGUUCUGGAAGAGCAUCUGGGGCAUAUGUUGUGUGAAACGUCUGUGGGUCAUUGUGAGGUGGAAGAAUCAUUGUUCAUGUGCAGGGACAACGUCUGGACUCUUCUGCCAUUAAACUGUGGAAUUUUCCUUCCUGACCACUGCUGAGUUGUCUUGACUGGCUCCUGUCUUUCCCCCUUUCUGUGAAAUCAGCAUGUAUCCCACAUGGCAGAUUUGGGUCCACACCUCCUCACACUUUCAUGGUCUUGUACACUUUCAUGUAAUCCAUUUUUUCUUUAUUUCUAAUUUCCACAUUCCUUGACGUAGCAAUGUGUAUUAGGAGUCUCUAUUUUUUCUUUCAGAGCAGGUAAUCUGUUUCAAUAAAUCCAUAAGUUGUAAUAACAAAGAGCCAGCCUGAAAGAGGUAAAUCCAAAAUGAUGCCCUAACACCCUCUCUGGACUGCACAUCCCUUCACUUGUCAUCAGAUGAUACCUGUGUAGUUUCUGCAGAGAUAUCAUCACUUGGAACCAAGACAUUGCUGUUUGAAGUGAUAGCACAGUUAUUACUGCUCCUGAAAAACCCACUGUUAAAAACACUGAUUCAAAGCA